GAUGUCACGACGGCGUGCGGCGUGCAGACGUCGGCAAGCUGCGCCGCGCCUUCGGGGUGCUUCCGGAUCUGGUACUUGGGCAGAGUUUCUCGGCGUUCAUUGUCGUCCCUUAACAGGGUCUGUUUGAGUCCUGUCCACGGGACGCUACGGGGGGUACCUUCGAAAAAAACGGGCUAUGCUGCUGUUGCUUGUCGGUACCCUUUCCUGACGCCUCCGCCGCUGGGGUCAUGUGGACCCUUGUAGGUCGGGGCUGGGGGUGCGCACGCGCCCUUGCGCCACGAGCCACUGGGGCCGCGCUUCUCGGGGGCCCGGGGCCCCGGCCCGCGCCGACCUUUGGGGCUGCUCCGGAGUCCUGGGCUACCGACAGGCUCUACAGCUCCGCAGAAUUCAAGGAAAAACUUGACAUGUCUAGGUUUCCUGUUGAAAAUAUUAGAAAUUUCAGUAUCAUUGCACACGUGGAUCAUGGCAAAAGUACUUUAGCUGACAGGCUCCUAGAACUUACAGGGACAAUUGAUAAAACAAAGAAUAAUAAGCAGGUGCUUGAUAAAUUGCAAGUGGAACGAGAAAGAGGAAUCACUGUUAAAGCACAGACAGCAUCUCUCUUUUACAAUUGUGAAGGCAAGCAGUACCUUUUAAAUCUCAUUGAUACACCGGGCCAUGUUGAUUUUAGUUAUGAAGUAUCCAGGUCACUUUCUGCUUGCCAGGGUGUUUUACUUGUGGUUGAUGCAAAUGAGGGUAUUCAAGCCCAAACUGUAGCAAACUUCUUUCUUGCCUUCGAAGCACAGCUGUCGGUAAUUCCAGUCAUAAAUAAGAUAGAUCUGAAGAAUGCUGAUCCUGAAAGGGUUGAAAACCAAAUUGAGAAACUGUUUGAUAUUCCAAGUGAUGAAUGUAUUAAGAUUUCUGCGAAACUUGGAACAAAUGUUGAGAGUGUUCUUCAGGCAGUUAUUGAAAGAAUCCCCCCUCCUAAAGUGCAUCGCAAAAAUCCCCUGAGAGCUUUGGUAUUUGACUCCACCUUUGACCAGUAUAGAGGUGUGAUAGCCAAUGUAGCAUUAUUUGACGGAGUGGUUUCCAAAGGAGAUAAAAUUGUAUCUGCACAUACUCAAAAGACAUACGAAGUUAAUGAAGUAGGAGUUUUGAAUCCUAAUGAGCAGCCAACUCAUAAAUUAUAUGCAGGACAGGUGGGCUAUCUGAUUGCUGGGAUGAAAGAUGUCACUGAAGCACAAAUAGGAGAUACAUUAUAUUUACAUAAGCAACCAGUGGAGCCCUUGCCUGGGUUUAAAUCAGCGAAACCAAUGGUAUUUGCAGGAAUGUAUCCUCUAGACCAAUCUGAAUAUAACAAUCUGAAGAGUGCUAUAGAAAAACUGACUUUAAAUGAUUCCAGUGUGACAGUUCAUCGGGAUAGUAGCCUUGCUCUGGGUGCUGGCUGGAGGCUAGGAUUUCUUGGACUUUUGCACAUGGAAGUUUUCAACCAGCGACUGGAGCAAGAAUAUAAUGCUUCUGUUAUUUUAACAACCCCUACUGUUCCAUAUAAAGCUGUACUGUCAUCAUCAAAAUUGAUAAAGGAACAUAGAGAAAAAGAAAUUACAAUUAUCAAUCCUGUACAAUUCCCCGAUAAAUCAAAAGUAACAGAAUAUUUGGAGCCAGUUGUUUUGGGCACUAUUAUCACACCAGAUGAAUACACUGGAAAAAUAAUGAUGCUUUGCGAGGCUCGAAGAGCAGUUCAGAAGAAUAUGAUAUUUAUUGAUCAAAAUAGAGUUAUGCUUAAAUAUCUCUUUCCUUUGAAUGAAAUUGUGGUAGAUUUUUAUGACUCUUUGAAAUCCCUAUCUUCUGGAUAUGCUAGUUUUGAUUACGAAGAGGCAGGCUACCAGACUGCAGAACUUGUGAAAAUGGAUAUUCUGCUGAAUGGAAAUACUGUAGAGGAGCUAGUGACUGUUGUACACAAAGACAAAGCGCAUUCAAUUGGCAAAGCCAUAUGUGAACGGCUGAGGGAUUCUCUUCCCAGGCAACUGUUUGAGAUAGCAAUUCAAGCUGCUAUUGGAAGUAAAAUCAUUGCAAGAGAAACUGUGAAAGCCUAUAGGAAAAAUGUUUUGGCAAAAUGUUAUGGUGGUGAUAUUACCCGAAAAAUGAAGCUUUUGAAGAGACAAGCAGAAGGGAAAAAAAAGCUGAGGAAAAUUGGCAACGUUGAAGUUCCAAAAGAUGCUUUUAUAAAAGUUCUGAAAACAGUCUUCUAAAUAAUUGGUGGGAAAACAAAGAAUUUUCAUAAAUUAAAAACUAUCUUUUUUUCAUUGCAAAUUGUAAUACGCUGACAACAGAAAGAAAAUUAUAAAAUUUGCUUGUUACUUUAGGGUAUUCAGGUUCAAAUAACCUACUAGCCUUUUGUUGAAAGGGAGUAAUGAGUGGGUAGGCAAGAGCUUAGAUUUUGAAGCCAUGUUGCCUGUUCUCAAAUAUCUGUUCCAACCGCUAACUAGUAAGGUGACCUUGGCCAAAUUAACCUUUGUUUCCUCCUACUACCUAUAUAAGUUGUGAAGAUGAAAUGAGGUAAUACGUUAAAUAUUCAGAGGUGCACGACACAUAGUAAGCACUCAAUUGUAACUACAGUUAAGUCCUUAAAUGCCAUCGAAAGGUUCUUAGAAACUGACUUUAAGCAAAAUGACACAUAGCACAAUGUCCUUGAAUGAUGUCAUUUCCGUAAGUGGUUUGUAACCUUGAUGAGGAAAAAAAAUUGGUUUAUGCGUCAUUUCAUUUUAUUUAUUUUUUGAGACGGAGUCUUGCCCUGUUGCCCAGGCUGGAGUGCAAUGGCGCAAUCUCUACUCACUGCAACCUCCGCCUCCCAGGUUCGAGAGAUUCUCCUGCCUCCAUUACAGGCGCGCGCCACCAUGCUCGGCUAAUUUUUUGUAUCUUUAGUAGAGACGGGGUUUCGCCAUGUUGGCCAGGCUAGUCUUGAACUCCUGACCUCGUGAUCCACCCGCCGUGGCCUCCCAAAGUGCUGAGAUUAUAGGCGUGAGCCACCAUGCUCAGCCAUGUCAUUUCAUUUAAAGUCACAAUUUCCAUGAAUCUCAACAAGUGAGAACCUGCUAUAUUUUGUUGCAUGCAGUUUUUCUUUACUGACACUAAAAGGCCCCAUACUUAAGAUUCCAUCUACUUUAAGUUAAAGGAUUUUCAGAAUCACCUUAAGUGUCAAAUUUGUUAGCAGGAUUAAUUUAUCUGAUAAGAAUUCAUUUAUUAAACAGUAAACUCAAAUAACAUACUAUCUAGACAUCUGCUCUAGUUCAUGAUAAAAUGUUUAUAGAUUUUAUCAGGUGGUUAAGUUUGAAACUAAAUGGUUUACAUGUAAAUUAAGGGCAGGAGCUGUCUUUCAGACAUUCAAAACGCAUUUGUGUAAAAUGACAGGUGUUUGGUAUUACCAGGAACUCAUAAUGACAUUUUAAUAAUUAUUGUCUAAAUUUCAUAAUCGAAGCGAUUUUAGAGUAGUUAACUUGAGAUUUCACAGCCAGUUAUUUCUCCAAAGCUCUCAGCUCCCAUGUUUAUUCAGCCAACGAACAAACCAGACUGCAGACUAUAUUACAGCAAGAUAACAUCAUUUAGCCAUUGAUUUUUAUCUUCUACCUUGAAUGAAUUGAAUGAAGAAAAUGUCUUUUAGGGAUAAACACUAUCAAGGAUGAAUUUUAUACUAAGGUUAUAUGAAAGAAAAAGAAUCUAUCUCAAAACCACUAAGCCAAAGGGAAGCCAAACUGGGAACUGAUUGAGGCAAACCUGCCUCCCAUUUUAUUCCUAAAUAAGACAGCCACAAAGAUAAAAUUUGCCCACAAGGAAAUUCCUUAUGGACAAAGACAGAACUCAAAGUCUUCCUUCUGCUCACAUGACACAAAUGCAUAAAUGAUUGCUUUCUCUGCUUCAUGUUUCACUAAGCCAGAUUAAGGUAUAACUGACUAUUCCUCUACCCUCCUCUCACAUGUAAAUUGUAUAUUCAGUGAAAGGCUAAUCAGAAACUCAAAAGAAUGCAACCCUUUCUCUUACCUGCCUAUGCUUGAAGCCCCCGCCCCUCUUCGAGUUGUCCUGCCUUUGAAGACCAAUGUACACCUUACACAUACUGAUUGAUGUCUCAUGUCUCUCUAAAAUGUGUAAAACCAAGCUGUGCCCCAACCACCUUGGGCACAUGUGGUGAGGACCUCCUGAGGUUGUGUCACGGGCACAUCCUUAACCCUGGGAAAAUAAACUUCCUAAACUGACCUGAGAGCUGUCUCAGAUAUUUUGAGCUCACAGUUAUUGUGAAGUUAUUUUAAUUAUAAAUUAAGUGGAGAUUUACUUAAAAUCAUGUGUAGAAGUAGCCUGUGAUGUAUCCUAGAUACAUAUAUUAUCAUCUUAUGUAUCUUCCCUCCCCCUUCCAGGUUCUGAUAAAACAGAUGAAAUCUGAAAGACCAUGACAGUAGUAUUUUGAAAAUGACAGUAUUUGAAAUUAAAAAAUUGUAAAACAAA